CAUAACACAGACCGUCACGUGGGGGCCGCCUGCUGCCGCCCCGCUCCUGCCGCUCCUGCGCCUCCCUCGGACACUCCACGCCCUCACAAUAUAUCAAAAUGGAGUCCAGGAAGAUCAUAGAGAUCCUCAGAGGCACGAUAGACCCCGCGCUACGGCAGCAAGCGGAGGACGAGCUAACGCAAAUGAAAAAAAUAAUAGGCUUCACGCCGGCGCUGCUACAAGUGGUCAUGAUGGGUGAGGUUGACAUGCCCGUGCGCCAGGCCGGAGUGAUCUACCUCAAGAACAUGGUGGCCCAGUACUGGAAGGAUGCCGAGUAUGAGAGUGGUGAGCCCAUACCCUUCCACAUCCAUGAGCAGGACCGGGCCAUGAUAAGGGAGGCGAUAGUGGACGCGGUUGUUCAUGCGCCUGAUCUAGUAAGGGUUCAGCUAGCCGUGUGUACGUAUCAAAUGGUCAAACACGACUUCCCCAAUCGGUGGACCACGAUCGUCGACAAAAUCAGCAUCUACCUGCAGAACCCUGACACAUCCCUCUGGAACGGUGGCCUCCUCUGUCUCUACCAGCUGGUCAAGAACUUCGAGUACAAAAAGAAGGAGGAGAGGGGUCCGCUGCACGAGGCCAUGAGGCUGCUGCUGCCCAUGUGUUACGAGCGCAUGAUCCACCUCCUCCCUGACCCCUCGGAGCACUCCACUCUCCUCCAGAAGCUCAUACUGAAAAUAUUUUAUGCCAUGACACAGUACCACCUUCCCCUGGAGCUACUUGACCGGGAACAGUUUACCAGGUGGAUGGAGGUGGUGAGACAGGUGGCGGACAGACCCGUGCCCGACCAGACCCUACAGGUGGAUGAGGAUGAGCGACCGGACCUCCCGUGGUGGAAGAUUAAGAAGUGGGCGCUCCACAUCCUCGCUAGAAUAUUUGAAAGAUAUGGUUGUCCCAGCACCGUCAACAGCGAAUACAAGGAGUUCGCCAACUGGUAUAUCAAGACCUUCUCCGCUGGGGUUCUCCAGGUCCUGCUCAAGAUCCUCAACCUCUAUCGCAGCAAGGUCUACGUCUCCCCACGCGUCCUCCAGCAGACACUCAACUACCUGGAGCAAGGUGUGGGGCAGAGUGUGGCGUGGAAGCUGCUCAAGCCACACAUGCUGUCGGUGGUGCAGGAUGUGCUCUUCCCCCUCAUGUGUUACUCCGAUGCCGACCAGGAACUGUGGAACUCGGACCCCUAUGAGUAUGUCCGCGUCAAGUUCGACAUCUACGAGGAUCUGGUGUCCCCCGUGACGGCGGCUCAGGGUCUGCUGCUGUCCAUGGUGCGGAAGAGGAAGGAGAUGCUGGAGAAGACCAUGGUGUUCCUCAUGACCGUGCUCACCAGUCCGAACGUCGACCCGCGGCAUAAGGAUGGUGUGAUGCAUAUGAUUGGAACGCUGGGUUGUGUGCUGCUCAAGAAGAAGAUAUACAAGGACCAGAUGGAGACGAUGAUUGCGCAGUACGUCUUCCCAGAAUUCCAGAGCCCCUUCGGUUUCAUGCGAGCAAGGGCGUGCUGGAUCCUACAAAACUUCGACGAGAUCAAGUUCAAGUCCGAGCAGAACAUCGUGGCCGCCAUGAACUGCAUCCAGAACGCCCUCCUCAACGAUCACGAGCUGCCCGUCAAGGUGGAGGCGGCCAUGGCCCUCUCCGCCUUCCUGGCCUCGCAGAACAGGGCCGAGAAGAUUGUGGAGCCUAACAUCCAGCCAAUCGUACAGGAGCUGCUCAAGGUCAUAAAAGAGACGGAGAACGAUGACCUGACCAAUGUGAUGUGCAAGAUCGUCACCACCUACACUGACCAGCUCACACCCAUCGCCGUGGAGAUGUGCACGCAGCUCGCCGCCACAUUCCAGCAGGUGGUUGAUGCAGAGGAAGGGGCGGACGAAAAGGCCAUCACCGCCAUGGGGCUCCUCAGCACCAUCGAAACACUCAUUAACUGCAUGGAAGAGAACCCUAAGAUCAUGGAGCAGAUUGAACCCAUUACGCUGCAGGUGGUGGGCCUCAUACUCACCAAGAACGUCAUGGAGUUCUACGAGGAAGCGCUGGCCCUCAUCUACAGCCUCACCAGCACUAGAAUCUCGCCUGACCUCUGGAAGUGCUUCGAGAUGAUGUUCCAGAUGUUCAAGAGCGAUGGGUUCGACUACUUCACGGAGAUGAUGCCGGCGCUACACAACUACAUCACGGUGGACACGGAGGGCUUCCUGAGCUCCGAGGCGAGGAUUGCAGCCGUCUUCGAAAUGUGCAAGACCAUGAUGACACAGGACUGUGCCGAGGAUGACGAGUGCCACGCCGCCAAGCUCCUGGAGGUCAUCGUGCUUCAGUGCCAGGGCCGCAUCAACCAGUGCCUGGCCUCCAUCAUACAGCUGGUGGUGGAACGACUGCUUCGGGAGGUGAAGACAACCGAACUCAGGACCAUGUUGCUGCAGGUUAUCAUCGCCACCCUGUACACAGCCCCGGACACACUGCUGCAGGUGCUGGAGUCCACAACGCUGCCCAACACCACCACCACCCUCACUGCUCACUUCAUCAAGCAGUGGAUCCAUGACACAGACUGCUUCCUGGGGCUUCAUGACCGCAAGAUCUGUGUCCUGGGCAUGUGCACGCUCCUCCAGCUGGGUCCUGAGAGGCUGGGCGUCCUGCAGGAGUGCCACAAGGAGAUCCUACCGGCCAUGCUCAUGCUAUUCCAAGGACUCAAGAGGGCCUAUGCGGCCAAGGCCAGUGAGGAGAACAGUGAUGACGACGACGAAGGGGAUGACGACGAGGACAUUGAACACGAGGUGCUGGAGAGUGACGAGGAUGAGUUAGACGACGCUGGUGACGAGUAUUUGGAGAAGUUGAGUGAGAAGGUAAAGAAGGCAACUGCUGUCUCGCCCUUCGCCAUCACCGCCACGAUCCAGGAUGAGGAGGAGGAGGAUGACGACGACUCAGAUGACGAGAUGGACGAGACAGCCCUGGAGUCCUUCACCACACCCCUGGACCGCGACGAGUGUGAGGUGGAUGAGUACUGCGUUUUCAAGGAUAUCAUGCAGAACCUUGAGGCCAAUGCGCCGGGCUGGUACCAGGCCCUCACCAGCGGCCUCAACGGUGACCAGCAGAAGGUGAUGCAGGAGGUGGCCACGCUUGCCGACCAGCGGCGCGCGGCAGCACAGAGCAAGAAGAUUCAGCAGAGUGGAGGUUACAACUUCCAGCAGACGUCAGUUCCCUCAAGCUUCAAUUUUGGUGGUUCCUUUGGCUCAUAAUUAAAGCCUUGCCUACCCUUCCCUUCAUACCCCCACCCUACCCACCACCCCACUGCUCCUCCUACCCCCUCCACAUCCCUCCUCCACCUCCUCCUCCUCCUCCAUCACCACCACCACAACCACCAUCAUCAAUCUGUUUCCUCCUUUUACUCUCUCUAUCUCUCUUACCUCCUCCUCCUCCUCCUCCUCUUUCUCUCUCUCUCGUUCUUUGCCUUCAUCACCACCAUCACCACCAUCGUCAUCACCCCUGUGGAGUCUUCUGGUAACUAUUAAUAUAACUAUCAUCAUCAUUAUUACGUACGCAUAGAUUAUUAUUGUCAUUAUCAUAAUCGGGGUCAAAUUGUUUGCGUGUGGAAAUCCUGACUGACUGACGGACUAACGAGGAGGUGGACGAUUUUUUAUUUAUUUUAUUUAUUUAUUUUAUUUUUCUUGUGCGUAACGAGCGACAUUAUAAUUAUCGAUGCGUUUAUUCAUUUUUAUUUUUAUUUUUCUCCUGCGAACGGAAUGGAUGUGAUUUUUUAUUUAUUUUAUUUUUUUAUUGUUUUUUGAGUGCGGGUGAGUUGGCGCCACUGAAAAUUUCUUCGUUUACACUUAUUAUUAUUAUUAUUAUUAUUAUUUUAUUUAUUUAUUUUUUACAUCUACUUUUCUCUGUGAAUUUGUCGGGCGAAUUCACACACAUUUUUUGGCGUCUUCAUUUGUUUUUGUUUACCGCACUUGCCGUUCUGUUUGGGGGUACGUACAUAAGUAAGUGUGUGUGUGUUUAGAAGAAGGGCUGCAUUGAGUGUGUGCAUAGUUAUAUAAGACAGUGUUGGUUGCCAUCAUUAUUUUCAUUAUUAUUAUUAUUACUGGUUAGUUUUGGGGUCUACUACUGCUACUACUACUACUACUACUACUACUAUUACUAUUACUUAUCUCCUAUAUCAGUUUUUCUCCUCUUCUACAUUUCUCCUUCAUUCUCUUCCUCCUCCUCCUCUUUAUUCUUUGUCUAUUUCUUCAUCCUUUUCCUCCUCCUCUUCUCUCUAUCUCACAUUCUUUAUCUCCUCUUUGCUCUUUAUUUCUCCCUCCUUCUUUUCCUCCUCUUCUUUCUCCAACACUCUUUAUCUUUCUUCUGCACCACCACCAUCACCACUACUACUACUACUACUACUACUACUACUACUACUACUACUACUACUAUCACCAUGGCCACUAUAUAUAUACACACUUCAACAUACAUAUAUAUACAGGAUGGGUUUCUCUGGCACGUAUAAGCAGAUAGUUUUGCCAUAAUAACGGAUUCUUGACCAUAUAUUAAAAAAAGCCAUAUUCAAGAACUUUUUAACUGUCUGCUUUAAUUCAGUGUUUUUUUUCUAUAUCUCCGUGUUCUAUUAACCCCCUCGGUGCCACGCAUUUUUCGCAAAAACCUUCCCCUGGUGCCAGGCAAAUAUGGAUUUUUUGUUUUUUGCGGAAAAGUGUUCAGAAUGAUUAGACAACACAUACUUGAUACAUGUUACUAUUCACUUCUUAAAAUUUCCAUGAUUUCAAGGCGCUGGAAGUUUCCGAUAUUUGGAGUGUUACAUCCCGUAGACUUACUCGCCCCAGGGAGCUCAUCUAUCAAACUUCGGCCUUUUGGCCUGAGAGGCAGCAGAGGGUUCGAAAACCCUCCCAGCUUGGGCAUGAUUCAAGUGGUGAGGCGUUGGCACCUCACUUUCCUCACCACCCAAGCUGCCACUAUCACUAUAUAUAUAAUCUUUAUCAAGGUCACUAUCAGACUCAAAGUCACUCACAUCACUAUCCAUUAAGUCACUAGGGGCUUCAUCAAGGGCAUGAGCAAAGUUGGACGUUCUCAAAAUAUGUUUUGCACGGCAAGACAUCCUCCCUGCACUGCGGUCAGGUCAGGAAAGGGACCCGUACCCUCGGGAUCCCUAGAGGCUUGGUGGGGGGUGAAGGUCAGUGACUGGGAGGGGUAAAGGUAUGAAUAGUGUCCUGACAAAGUAUGAAAAGCUUCUCAGUCAAAAUAAGGCCACGGCAAUUUUUCUAAAUUGCCGCCGUAGAUAAAUGGCUCUGGCACGCAGCGUGUGCCCACCCGCCGCCGUAGAUACGCGGCGCUGGCACCCUGGGGGUUAAGGGGGAUAUUUGUUUUGCCUAUGUGUUUUCUUUAUCUCAAUCUGCUUAUAAUGGGGGACAUUUGUUUGGGCUAUGUUUAGUUCUAUGUCAAUGUGCUCCUGAGGGGGGACAUUUGUUUUGGCUUGGUGUUUCCGCUCUUGUACGCUGUUAUCAGAAAGGGCAUUUUUGAAGGGGUUGGUGACUGUCCUGGUUUUUUUCCCCUUUUUCCUGUUUUCCCGUUUUCCUUGUGUGUGCGUGUGUGUGUUUUUCUUAUUUUUAUACUUUCAUGUGUGUUGCAGUCUGGUUAGUUUUUUUUUUUUUUCUCUCUCUCUCUCUCUCUCUCUCUCUCUCUCUCUCUCUCUCUCUCUCUCUCUCUCUCUCUCUCUCUCUCUCUCUCUCUCUCUCUCUCUCUCUCUCUCUCUCUCUCUCUCUCUCUCUCUCUCUCUCUCUCUCUCUCAUUCCCUUCCCUUCCCUUCCUUUCCCCUCUUCCCCCCUCCCCCCCUUUUCUCCCAAUCCAACCCCUUCAUAACCCCCCCCUCCCCCUAUAUCUACUAACCCUGCCCCUCUCUUCCCUUGAGAUAUGUAUGCAAAACAAAAAAAGGGGCCUAAAUUGAUUACUUUUUAUACUUAAGUUAAAUGAGGUUGAUGUAUUUGUGUAAUUGUGUUUGUUUUGUUUUUUCUUGUUAUUUUUUCUUUUUUUAUUUUAUUUUUUCAUGAUAAUUGUUUCCAUCCCCUUACCUUACUUUCCCUUUCCUUACCUUACUUUCCCUUUCCUUGCCUUACCUUACCUUACCUUCAUUUCCCUUCAUUUUCCUACCUUACCUGACCUCUCCUUUCCCUUUCCUUCAUUUCCCUUCAUUUUCCUACCUUCCCUUCCCUUCCUUACCUGACCACUCUUUUCCCUUCCUUUCCUUCCCUUCCCCUCAUUUCCCUUCCCUUCCCUUCCUUACCUGACCUCUCCUUUCCCUUCAUUUCCUUUCCCUUCCUUACCUGACCUCUUCUUCCCUUCCCUCCCCUUCCCUUCCUUACCUGACCUCUCCUCUCCUUUCCCUUCCCUUUCUUUUCCUUCCUUCCCUUCCCUUCCUUCAUUACCCAUCAACUCUUCCUCCUCCUCCUCCUCCUCUCUCUCUACCCUAUCCCACCCCUUCUUUAUCCUUCUCCCAUUUCUUCCUUAUCCUAUUCCUUCCUUGUGUUUACCCCAUCCCAUCCUUCCUCCUUUCUUCCUCCUCCUCCUCCUCCUCCUCCACCCUUCUAUUUUUUCAACUGGAGCACAAAAGUGAUUAUAUGUACAAAUUUGACAGCCCUAACCACCUGUGAGAGAGAGAGAGAGAGAGAGAGAGAGAGAGAGAGAGAGAGAGAGAGAGAGAGAGAGAGAAUCAAUGGUCUAGCCUCAGACUUCAACUCAGGGAAAUGGCUGGAGAAACAGAGAUAAAAUAGAGAAAGAAUAUGAAUGAAAGAAAUAGUUGAAGGUCACUUAGAUCUGAAAUGAAAGUCAAAAGAUGAAUAGAUAAAAAGAGAGAAAAAUAGAAUAGGAAAGAAAUGAAGAACAGCUUAGAUGUGUGAAAGUCGAGAGAGGGAGAGAAAGAAAUGAGAGAGAGAGAGAGAGAGAGAGAGAGAGAGAGAGAGAGAGAGAGAGAGAGAGAUACAUAAAA